CAAGUACCUUAUAAAUAAAUGACAUUAUAUCCUUUCUUUAGCCACCAAAUACAUAUACAUAUAUACAUCCAAAAAUUUUAUUUAGCUAAAAUAUAUCUUCAUGGAGCACUCCUUUCUAUCAUCCCAAGCCUCUAGAGCUACAUUUGAGGACAUGACAUACUUUGAUCUGGACAUGAAAAAUUCAAGACUCGAGCAAGUAAGAAGUGUGCUUGCCAAAUUCGAACAAAAUUCAUUUGAGAGCUUAGUUCUUGUGGAUAUCAUCCAACGGCUUGGCCUCGAUUAUCUGUUCCAAGAUGAGAUCGGAGCCAUUCUUGACAUGCACCACAUUUUGGCCACUAAAAGCACAUUUCUCAAGCACGAGCUUUACCAAGCUUCCCUUUGUUUUCGCCUGUUGAGGCAACAAGGAUACCAAGUUAAUGCAGAUGACUUUUUCGGAAAAUUUAAGGAUGAGAAUGGCAGAUUCUGUUUCGAGGAUAUUGGUCAGAAUACGGACACAAUAAAAGCCGCGCUUGCUUUGCACGAAGCUUCACACGUACACGUAAACGGAGAAGAAAUUCUACACGAGGCAGCAAAAUGCAGCUCUCAGUAUCUGAGUCAUAAGCUGAUUAACCUCAAAAGCUUCGACCAAGACCACGCUAAAAUGGCGAAGCAUUCUUUACUCUAUCCACAACACAAGUCGAUGACUCAAUUCAUGUCCAUGGAUUUUCUUCGAAGCCUCAAAGGUCAAUACGGUUGGGAAUCUUCGCUGAAAGAACUAGCAGAAUUAGAGUACACGAGCCUUGAGUCGUUGCACAAGGAUGAACUCGUUCGAGUUGUCAAGUGGUGGGAAAAUUUGGGCCUGAGUAGCCAGCUAAAAUCGUUAAGAAACGAGCCCAUAAAAUGGCACUUGUGGUCGAUAGUUACGCUUUGGGAUCCAAAGUGGUCCAAACAGAGGAUUUUGCUGACGAAGCCUAUCUCCCUCGUUUUUGCUGUCGAUGACAUUUUCGACCUUUACGGCACAUUAGAAGAACUUACUCUCUUCACAGAUGCUGUAAACAAAUGGGAAAUUCGUGCAGCUGAAAAGCUACCGGCUUACAUGAAGACAUGCUUCAUGGCGAUUUACGACACCACGAAUGAAAUUAGUCGAGUGGUUUUUCAAGAGCAUGAAGCAGAGUGGUUUUCGUCUGGAAAAUUGCCAAAGUCCAAAGAGUAUCUGAAGAAUGGAGUUAUUAGCUCAGGGGUAGUAAUGGUCCUUGCACAUCUUUUUUUCCUCAUGGGAAAUCGGUUAACAAAAAAAACAGAAAGUCUACUCAACGAUGAAUCUCAAGGGAUUACUUAUUCGGUUGCUAAUUUACUUAGGCUUCUCGAUGAUUUGAGAACUGCUCAGGACGAGCAACAAGAAGGUUAUGAUGGAUCUUACUUAGAGUGCUACAUGGAAGAACACGACCACUCAUUAGAGUCCGCACGUGAGCAUGUUAUGGCAAUGGUUUCAUGCACGUGGGAAAAUCUCAACAAGAAAUCCCUUUGUUCAAUCAGUCCAUUUUCUCUCUCUUUCAGAAAAGCCUGUUUAAAUGCGGCACGGAUGGUCCCGAUGGUGUAUGCUCACGACAAAAAUCUUCGGAUUCCGGUUGUUGAGCACCUCAUUAAAGCUUUGCUACGCGAGACCACUUUCAUGUAGUCAAUAUAUGUAGCCGGAAAGCCGAAGGCAUGAGUUUGAACUCUUGAUAUUCGAGCCUUUCACGAGCUUAAUUAUAUGCUAAUUUUUUUUUUGUUAAUUAUUAUGUAAAAGCCUUCUAUAUCGAGCUUUAUAGGAGCUCGUGCUAUUGCGAGUCGAGUCGAACCAAGAAUGGUUAUUUCAUUUGACAUUCAACGUACGGUUGUAUAUAGAAUAUUAGUAUCUCGUCUCUAAUAAUAUCAGUGAUUUUUCUGUUUUGGCAGUGAUCACUUUUGUUAUAUUCCAA